CCUUGGCCCCUCCGCGUUGCCGUCUUUUCCGGCAGUUGGGACGCUUCCUGUUGUUUUCACCGGUAACCGCCCCUAGUGCCCUACCUCAGAGCACCUCCACCGUCCUGUCCCCUCCCCUGGCCGACCGGCUGCCGCCGCUGGGGCUUCUCCUGUCCGCACGUCGAGACUCCUGGCCCGGCCGGCGGCCGCGGCUGUCCGCCGCCCACAGCCCUGCCUCCCUCGGGGCUCUGCCAUGUCAAUGACAGGUUCAACACCUUGCUCGUCCAUGAGUAAUCACACAAAAGAAAGGGUGACAAUGACCAAAGUGACGCUGGAGAAUUUUUAUAGCAACCUUAUUGCUCAACAUGAAGAACGAGAAAUGAGACAAAAGAAGUUAGAAAAAGUGAUGGAGGAAGAAGGCCUAAAGGAUGAAGAGAAACGGCUCAGGAGAUCAGCUCAUGCUCGGAAGGAAACAGAGUUUCUUCGUUUGAAGAGAACAAGACUUGGACUGGAAGAUUUUGAGUCCUUAAAAGUAAUAGGCAGAGGAGCAUUUGGUGAGGUGCGGCUUGUUCAGAAGAAAGAUACAGGGCAUGUGUAUGCAAUGAAAAUACUCCGUAAAGCAGAUAUGCUUGAAAAAGAGCAGGUUGGCCACAUUCGUGCGGAGCGUGACAUUCUAGUGGAGGCAGACAGUUUGUGGGUUGUGAAAAUGUUCUAUAGUUUUCAGGAUAAGCUAAACCUCUACCUAAUCAUGGAGUUCCUGCCUGGAGGAGACAUGAUGACCCUACUGAUGAAAAAAGACACCUUAACAGAGGAGGAGACUCAGUUUUAUAUAGCAGAGACAGUAUUAGCCAUAGACUCCAUUCACCAGCUUGGAUUCAUUCAUAGAGACAUCAAACCAGACAACCUUCUCCUGGACAGCAAGGGCCAUGUGAAACUUUCUGACUUUGGCCUUUGCACGGGCCUGAAAAAAGCACAUAGGACAGAAUUUUAUAGGAAUUUGAACCAUAGUCUUCCCAGUGAUUUCACUUUCCAGAACAUGAAUUCCAAAAGGAAAGCAGAAACCUGGAAAAGAAAUAGACGUCAGCUAGCCUUCUCCACAGUAGGUACUCCUGACUACAUUGCUCCUGAGGUGUUUAUGCAGACCGGGUACAACAAGCUCUGUGACUGGUGGUCGCUCGGUGUGAUCAUGUAUGAGAUGCUCAUCGGCUACCCACCUUUCUGUUCUGAGACCCCUCAAGAGACAUACAAGAAGGUGAUGAACUGGAAAGAAACUCUGACUUUUCCUCCAGAAGUUCCUAUCUCUGAGAAAGCCAAGGAUCUAAUUUUGAGAUUCUGCUGUGAGUGGGAACAUAGGAUUGGAGCCCCUGGAGUUGAGGAAAUCAAAAGUAAUUCUUUUUUUGAAGGUGUUGACUGGGAACAUAUCAGAGAGAGACCUGCUGCGAUAUCUAUUGAAAUCAAAAGCAUUGACGAUACCUCAAACUUUGAUGAGUUUCCAGAAUCUGAUAUUCUCAAGCCAACAGUGGCAACAAGUAAUCACCCUGAGACUGACUACAAGAACAAGGACUGGGUCUUCGUCAAUUACACAUACAAGCGCUUUGAAGGCCUGACUGCGAGGGGGGCAAUACCUUCCUACAUGAAAGCAGCAAAAUAGCGUCCUUGAAAUGGAACCCUAAGUGCAGCAGCUCUUUGUAUAACAUCUCGGUGUUCCUCUCACACACUCUUUUGCAAGAACUUCCAAGAAGUUUAUGGAACCUACCCGUAUGUCGCGGUAAACUUGCCUGAAAUGUGAUAGUGAGUGGAUUCUCUCCACAGUGCAUCUGGAAAGCUGUAGAAUAAAGACAGCCAUUUCUACCACGUCGGCCAUAAGCAGCUUCUUUUGAAGCAUCAUGAGCCAAUUUGAUAGAUGUUUGUUGUUGUUGUUUUUUUAAACUUGAGUUUUUCUAAGUUCAUCAGAAUGAAGAGGAAAAACAGCCAUCAUCCAACAUUAUUGAAAUUGUAACAUAUUGAAUAUCAGCCAAUUCCCAUGAUUUUGUGAUAUGCUUUCUGCCAAGCCCACCAAGUAUUUCUUUUUUCUUUACAGCUAAAAGUUCCAUAGUACUAAGGAAACAGCAAUAAUGAAAGCCUCAGCAGCCAGCAUUCUGGCUGAAGAUGCCGAUCCACCAUCCUCUGAGGGGUGGUGAUGAUAGUUUCUCCCCGACCUCGCCUCAGGCGAGUGGCUUUUUAUAGCCUCCAUUCAUGGUGCACUUUAUUUAUGGUACUAGGAUAAAGACCCUCAAUCCGUUGAUUUAUCUCCUCCCACUUAUCUGAAAUACCCAUGCUGCUUUUCCGAGUGUUGAGGGGGGAAUACCUGCCUGAUUCAUUGUUGCUCUUCAGAAGGCCCCCAAAGCCACUGGCGUUGCCAAGGAGUCCUGGAUCAUGCGGAAAGCCCUCGCUUUCUCUUCUCGGCUGUAUCUGAAAAUCUGUAAGUUGAAUGUUGCCAUGGACCAGCAGUACCCGCAAAGUACAGCCAAUAAGUACUUGGUCUAUUCCUGGCCCGGAACCGUCUUGGCUGAGGUGAUGCUCCUGCUGGGUCUCCAGAACCUUCUUGGAAGUCGUGAAGGAACCAGCUCAAUGAAAGCGCACAACCAGCCUGCAGAUCUUUGUCCAGUUCACUCCUCAGUCCUUGGUGCAACUGUGUUUUGUCUUCUCUCUCGGUAUACGCUCCCAUCUUUAAGUACCGUUUUGCCUUGGAAUUAUGAUUACAGAUAUUUCCUUUGCAGAUGCCUUCUUGGGGGAUGUUCCUCUCCACCCUAAAGGGUGGCCUGCAGCUUGGGCCGAGGGGGCCCCUGCUGUGACGUUCUCUCAUGAGACACCCUCUGAGUUUUAGCACAAAGUGCCUUCUCUCUUACAGCUGCCACCACCUUUAGAGGAAUUUUGCUGUGUCAGAAAAUUGUGGAGGCUCCAUAAUAAUGCAUUAUUAUUUUUAAAAUUUUGAUAACUCUGAAAGCAUCAUUUGCACCUGUGUGGUAACGUUCCCUGUUGCAGAGCGUCGUGGCCGAGCUGCAGCUGGGCAGCUGCUUCCUGCCGGUUUCGAUGUUGAGAUCAGCUUUGAAAGGAAAGCAUGGCCCAGCUUAGCCGUUCAGUAAAGAAAAACGGAAUUCAAAGUUACAGUAGUAAGUGAAAUGCUUUGGAUUUUAAUAUCUUAGAGGAAGAAAAAAGAAUAUUAAGGAAGUAUUAGCUCUGGAUGAAGGUAGUAUGUCUGUCUCUUAUUCUUUCAUUCAUGGUCUGUUAGUGAAAAGGAAGUAAAUGAGAUUCUUUUGUGUAACUUUGUAGUUUCUUUGUAUUACCAAAUAGUUGGGGUGUUGACCCCCACAUGUUUUGCAAGAGUAUGUGGUAAGCAUGGGUAAGGAUAUGUAAUGGGAGUGGUGAUAGUCUGUGUGUUGGGGAAUAGCAGGGGAUAAUUUGUUUUCAGGGGAAAUGUCCACCUUUUAGCUUUUAAACUUUUGAAUAAACUGUGUGAAAAAGUAGUGAAAUGUGUGAUGUGUUCUAGCUCAAAUACGGCUAUUAAUUCCGAGACAGGGCUAGCGCUGUGCCCAGCCGCAGGCCGCUGCUUUCGUCUCAGAGGAGCUGGGACCUGAGUCUUUGGGAUUGCUGCCCUUACAGAGACUGUCUUCUGCUGGCCCCACGCGUGUUCUUUCCACCUGGUUCCGAGUUCCAGGGCAGUGGGCUCUCCCCAGUAAGGCCCAGGGGAUACCUUUCUGACAGAGCGCUCUCAACUGGCGGACCCUUUGUACAGCUCUUUCCAGUCCAGCCCCAUUUUCCCCCCAUCCUGGGGUUGACCAGGAAUGUCCAAAGCUCUCGGGACCGUAUUUCUCAGUGCCCCGUGUCCACCAGGGCAGAGUUCUUUCUCCAGAUCUUACGUACUUGAGUCCUGUGGGGUCCCACUUACCCCUUCUCUAGGCGAGGGAAAGAAGCCUCUGAAAGAGGCAGGAGGGAAGGGGUAAAGCCCGGGGUCGGACCCACAGGCAGAGGGAAGCUAAAUGCAGUCAGAAUGUGUACUGUCUUCACAAGGCUCGUUGGAAACAUGUUGGGAUUAGCUCAGUGUUGGUUCUGUUCAGAGAUGAUUCUGUUUCCUAUCUUAGUGGGAGUUAGAAAGCAAUAGAACUUGAACGGGACUACUUACUAAAACAAAACUGAAUACUGAUGUCAUUCUUUUUGACUUAGACUCUCCU